GAAUUGGCACCACCUGCACCAAGGGUGGUACCCAAACCUCCACCACAACCAAGACAGGUUGAAAACAACGAUCUUUUUGAAGCUCAUGACUUCGAGCUGAACCUCGAUAUAAAUAUUGACCCUCAACCAGCAUUAACAGAAUCCGAAAUGUGGCUGAUCCUCAAGAUUGCGAUAUUUUUCCUAACGAAAUCAGACGGAAAUUAACCAAUUGCAAAUCCUUCAAAAUUGCAUAGAUGGCUACAAUGAAAUUCCCCAACAUAUCUGCCGCCCCUAGCAUGUCUAUAAGCGGAAAUGGAUCGCAAUAUGAAAACGAGGUGGACUUCUACUCCAGUUGGCAGAAUUCCACCGCAGACGAAUACAUCGACAGCAAAAUGCUAUUGGAGAGUUCUAUGACCAACCUAAGUACCGAUAGUAUGCUGGUCAAUAGCCUCACCGAAGAUGAUUACGAGAUAGAAACGAAACCUACCCUUCAUGUUUUCGGAGACAUGCUUAAUCCCACCAACAACAACAAUAAUUUGGCUGAAUUGAAACCCCUUCCUCCCUUCACUGGCUAUACAGCCAACCUAAAUAUCAAUGGUAUUCAAGGCCACCACCACGCAAUAUCCCAACGUGGCCAAGAAGAAAACAACAACAGUUAUAACAGUUACAAUGAACAUAAUGUCGUUUCUAGUUCUACAUGUAAUAACAUUAACGAUAAUCCUGAUGAAAUGUUCUCCUGUGAAGACACUGCCAAUGUUAAUUACAUAAAUCCAGAUUCAGUUUCUGGUUCUAAUUACGUAGCAUACAGUCCAAUGGCACAAGGAGAAUGUUUGAAUACUAUCAAGACGGAGAUCAAUACGUAUGACAUAUCCGGUUUGAAUGGUAUGGGACUGUAUGGCUACAUUGACAAUUCAACAAUGGUGGACACAACAGUGAACACUGCCAAUCCUGAAAGUGAAGGAACAUCCAGAGAAAGUUGGGGAUUCGACACCCUUAUGGAAGGAUUUGAAGAUCAAACUGGGAAUUUGAUAGGACAAGAAGGCCUUCCAGAGUAUAUAUUGCCUACGACGCCUCCUAAUGAUAAUAAUGGUAGCAUGGAUUAUAAUAUGAGACAGCACCAGAACACACCAAAUAACAACUCGCAAAUACAAAGCAUAUUGAAUAAUACGCUCAUGCCAUUAUUGCAGAAUAGACUUCAGAACGGUCCACCAGUUAGGCAAGAUUCUUCUAGUUCGACGAAUUACAGUUCUGAUCUGAUAUCUGCCUCCAGUCCCCCUGCCAAUGUUGGUUCAACAACUGACAACCUAAUGCUCACAGUCAAUGGUCGAUAUAUUCCAUAUGUCAAUGUCCACAGUAUGGAAGAUUGCAGAAUGAGGUCACCUGACAUGGCCCAUAACUAUCCUCAUACUACAACCACAACACCGCAUGUCACCAAGAAAGCAAGAAGCAAAGCCCAAAAAAGACGAUCUCCCUGUUCAGGUGUGUACGCAAGAGAUUCAACAGAUGGGAGUGUUGUUAAACAAAAACCAAUGCAUAGAUGUUCCAUUUGUAAUCGCGGGUUUAUAAACAAAUCGAAUAUUAAGGUACAUAUGCGAACACAUACAGGUGAGAAACCUUUCAAAUGUGAGGCAUGUGCGAAAAGUUUUCGACAGAAAGCGCAUUUGUUAAAACACCAACAGAUUCAUAAGAGACUUGGUCGAGAUUGAAACAUAUGAAUACAA